AUGAUCAAUGUUCUCACUGCUGUUACUCAUUUGAGUGCUUUAGGACAAGGAAAGUGGGUGCAUGCUUAUAUUGGCAGGAAUGGGAUUGAGUUGGAUGAGAAGCUGGGGUCUGCUUUGAUCAAUAUGUAUUCGAAAUGUGGUUGUAUUGAAGGCGCUGUUUAUGCGUUCGACGUGGUGACGAUAAGGAAGAGCUGUGAUACUUGGAAUGCUAUGAUUUGUGGUUUCACUGCAAAUGGGGAUAGCUUGAGAGCUCUUGAGCUUUUCUCAGUGAUGGAGAAAACCUCUGGUUUGGUGCCAAAUCACAUAACAUUCUCAUGUGUGUUGAAUGCUUGUAGUCAUGGAGGUCUUGUGGAUGAAGGCAUGAGAUUGUUUGAAAAAAUGAGUUCUGUUUAUGGUAUUGAGCCUGAUAUCACACAUUAUGGCUGCAUGGUGGAUCUGUUUCAGCCGAGCGGGUUUGUUUGA